CUGAAGCCUGAAAAGAAAAACUGAAUUGGACAAUGUCAGACUAAAUAGUUUGUGGAGCUGAGUCACAACUAAAAGCUCCCACUGCUUUUGAUUCUGCAUACUGUUUGGAGGGGACAUGAAAUAAAUGUAAUGAGACCUGGGACCUGUAGACAUGAACAAGAUGAGACUGGAUUUGUGGGCGGGGCUUCAGCGGCUCUUAUUUAAGGCUGAGAACAGAAGUGCGCUCAGUUGAAGCAGUUUCUUCUUUUUUCCCCCCUUAAAGGUUUAUUUCAUUUUAACGCAGAAAUGAUUGUAACGAUUUAUUCACUUUAUGCAGUGAUCCACCUGACCUCAUCUUUAACUGUUGACAUCCCACUCCCAUCUUCUGAAUUUGCCCGUGGUGGCACCGUCACUAUACCAUGCAACUUCAAACCCCAGAAAGCAGACAACCCAUCAAUCAUCAUCUCAUGGACUGCACAACCAGAUAAUCCUGCAGAUUCUGAUAUUGACAUCCUCACAUAUUACCACUUCUCAAGUACACCGGAUAAUCUGGACGUCAAUGAUGGAUAUACUAACCGAGCUUCACUUCAGGUAGACAUUGUUAAAGGAUGGGCGAACUUGACACUCAGUUCUCUAACAUCGAAGGACAGUAGAGUGUAUCGGUGCAAAGUUAAAAUUCCUAAGGACACCCAGGGAAAACCAUCAGAUACCACUACGGUUGUGGUUUUGGUGGCUCCUUCCAAACCCAUCUGCGCUGUUCAGGGAAAAGCAGAGUUUUACCAGAACAUCAGCCUGACCUGUCGUUCAGAGGAGGGCAUGCCAACACCAAUGUACACAUGGCAAAGAUAUGAUGUCAGUAAUAAUCCCCAACAGAAUCCACCCAUGGCCACUGAUGUAAAUGGAGUUUUGUCACUUUACAAUAUUUCCACGGAGACCAGUGGUUAUUAUAUCUGCACGUCUGCCAAUAAAAUUAGCAAUGAGUCCUGUAUUCUGACUUUGGCCGUCAUGCCACGCAAGUAUUUUAAUAAUUGUGUAUUUAUCAUGCUAAAAUGUUGA